CCUGCUGAUUGGCUGAGGAGUUUGUCAAUGUAAAAAGGGAGGGUUAUCAGGAAACAAUUAUGGCUACCCUGUCUGUUGGAGAGCCUCAAGAGAUGGAAGUGGAUCGGAAGGGAGAGUCAGAGGAGUCAGGAGAUGAUGAGACCAGGAGGAAGAGCAUCAACGGGGAGGUAGACCCCAACCAGCCUCCUGCCACAGUUAAAGAGGAGUCUCCCGUUGAUAUGGAUACCAUAACCCUGGACCCAGAGGAAGAGGAUGUUGAUCUUGUCCACUGUAGGAUUGGGAAGAUUGAGGGACUGGAGGUGUUGAGGAAGGCUAAGACGCUCUCUCUAAGGCAGAACCUGAUCAAAAACAUUGAGAACCUGGAGACGUUAGUGACUCUGAAGGAGCUGGAUCUCUACGACAACCAAAUCCGCAAACUUGAGAACCUGCAGACCCUCACAGAGCUGGACCAGCUGGACGUGUCCUUCAAUCUGCUGAGGAAGGUGGAGGGUCUGGAGCGUCUGACGGGGCUGAAGAAGCUAUUCCUACUGCACAACAAGAUCAGCCACAUUGCCAACCUGGACCAUCUCACAGGCCUGGAGAUGCUGGAGCUGGGGUCCAACCGCAUCCGGGUAAUCGAGAAUUUGGACUCGCUGUCCUCCUUGACAAGUCUGUUUCUGGGCACCAACAAGAUCACACAGUUUCAACAUCUGGAGGGCCUACACAACCUGACAGUCCUCAGCAUCCAGAGUAACCGCAUCACCAAGAUGGAGGGUCUGCAGGGUCUGGUCAACCUGAAGGAGCUCUACCUGAGUCACAAUGGCAUCGAGGUCAUCGAGGGCCUGGAGAACAACAAAAAGCUGACAACUCUGGACAUCGCAGCCAACCGGGUAAAGAAAAUCGAAAACAUCAGCCAUUUAACAGACCUACAGGAAUUCUGGAUGAAUGAUAAUCAGAUAGAGAACUGGUCAGAUCUGGACGAGUUGAAGAAUGCCAAAGCCCUGGAGACGGUGUACCUCGAGAGGAACCCCUUACAGAAGGACCCCCAAUACCGCAGGAAGAUCAUGCUGGCGCUGCCCACCGUACGCCAGAUCGAUGCCACCUUCAUCCGCUUCUAACCGGCCCCCGCCCGCAGUGCCACGACACAUCUCGCUCCCCCACUUCAGUGUUCCCCCACCUGCACUCACCGUCCUUCCCCCGCAACCGCAAAAUUAACCUCCGCUCACUGCACUAAUUCCCCACAGGCACACACAUACUGAUACACACAGACAAGGGUGCCCUUGUAUACCACGUACACUCCAGCACACACACAUUCUGACCAUCACUUCUCUCCUUACCCUCUCUCAUACACAUGUGCAUGCACGCAUGUACACUCUAACUCACGCGCACCACUUGACCUAUGCUAUUGUGUGAACGUUUAUUAAUUUAUUCCCAGAAUUGGACUGGAUACGGGCUAGGAGGAGUGGGAGCUGCAGGGAUGUCAAAAAGACCCCAUCUUUCCCCACUGUCCUCCCUCCCCUCCCUGUCUUUUCUCCCGCUCUCCUCCCUCCCCUCCCUGUCUUUUCCUCCCGCUCUCCUCCCUUUUCCUUUCCAUGUGGAGUAGGGAAUGAUUGCCCCGCCUGAUUGGCCUUUGUCUGGAUGAUAAAAAGGAGAAGGCAGGCCGUUUUCUCUUUGUUAUUGAAAUUGCACUGCACCUGGCGGAGAGGGGGAUGAGGGUCUUUUUGAGUGGUCGUGCGAGUGUUUAUCAUAUUUUCUUCAGGAAGGUCUACUACGCUCACCAGAUAUCAAAGUCUUUUAUAUUCUUUUAAUGAAUUUUAAAUGAUCAAAUGUGUAAAAAAAAAAAAAACAUUGACUACUGUAACUGUUGUCCUCUGGUGCUGACACAGGGUCCAUGUUGGUGUAUGAUACUUAGUGUUUGCCAUAGGGAUAUUUAGAUCAUAACACUGGACUGCUUACAUACUGUAGCUACAUUACAGACACUGUCUCGUGCACGUGGUGUCUUGUUCAAAGUGAAGGAAUUAACUUAAUCCCCACCCUGUCACAUCAAAGAAGCGUACUCUUUGUACUCGAUCUGAAACUGGUACGUCUUGGGACAAUAAGGCAAAUGUACUGUUCUGAAUGCUAAUUCAUGGUCACCCGAGGGAACAAACCAGUUUUUUUUUCAUUUCACGCAAAAAGAAAAUUUAUGAUUUUGCAUUGGACAAGUUUAGAUUGUUUCACUCUGUUUUGUGCCGUUUCUUGCCUAAUGAACAUUACCCAGUUACCAUAGACUGGAGAGUAGGACCACAUGUCAAGGGGGAGGAGUGGGAUUUUGCCAUAGGAUUUGCCCUCAACGAUUUAACUUGUUUUUGUGUUAUUGAUUUCUAUUAAGUUUCUUUUAAAACAUUUUUGAAUGGUAAUCCUUGGGUAAACAUCCCCAGGAGAUCAUCGUCUGCUUUUGAUUGUAAAUAAUCAAACUUUAUCUUAGACUUUGACUCAACAUCCUAAUUCAAAUGAGUCUGCAGUCUGAGCUAUUAAUCCAUAUGUCAAUCUUGCUGCUGUAAAAUGCAACUAACAUUCAGUGAUGGUGGCAUUCAGCACUCCUUUCUUUUCAGGCCAUGAUCCUAAAAUAUUUGAAGUUGGGAGAUAAUGUAAAGAAAAAUAUGACAAUCUGUUAUCAUAUUUCCAAGUCAAUACUCCAUGCAUAUACAUGUAUGGAGUAACCUAUAGUUGUACACUUACAGGGAAAGUUUAACAGAAGUGAACCGUGGUUGUGAACAGAAAUGGACUCCGAUGACCUAUUGACCUGAAUCAGUGGGGUCUGUCAGAGUGAAGGUGUGUGGUAUGUGGAAGGGAAGGAGUGUGUUUGUGACGUAAAGCGCUUUUAAUCACAUUGCUCAGGACCUUACUAUCGCCAUGUAGUGGACCAACAGGCUCAGAAGUUGCCCCUAACCACAGAUCUAGGAUCAGAUAACCCUUCUGUACCCCCAAUCAGAUUUGAACCUUAAUCAAUAGUGUAAUGACCCUGUAUCAAUGGUUAGGGAAAAUGUAUAUUCCCUCCUGCAGAGCGAAAGGUGACCCAUACAACUGGGACUUAUUCAAGAGGGUGCAACAUUUAGAAUGUUACAGAUAAAAAUGCAAUGUAUAUAAUUUCAACUAUUGACUCCUCCCGUUGCUAGACAAGUUGGCAGUUCUAUACAUUACAUUUUUAUCUGCCCCACUUGUCCCAGUCCCUCAGAUGGGUUCAGAGAGCAACGCUACACAACUCACUUGUAUUUUUUUGCUUGUUUUUAAUUACGCUUGGCAAAGCGCUUGGUUGACCGUUCUUGAACUGAAUGUAUUAUUAAAGACUAAAGAAUAAAGUUACUUAAAUUA